AUGAGCAGUAGCAAGGAAACGGUCCAUGAGUCUGAUACCCACGAGAGUACUGAUACCCACGAGAGUACUGACGGGUGUACUGAUACCCACGAGGGUACUGACAAGUGUACUGAUACACCCGAGAGUACUGACCAGUGUACUGAUACCCAGUACCUAAGUGGAGUAUCACUACUUCUCACGCUAAGUUCAUGCAUAGUAUCCCUCUUCAUAGUGGCGCUCGACCAGACAAUCGUGUCUACCAUCUUAACCACUGUCGGGGACGAGUUCAACUCCUUUGAGCGAGUAGGAUGGCUCACGUCCGGGUUCAUGCUCCCGAUGGCGUGUCUUGUUGCGUCGUACGGCAAGAUCAGUAUAGCAUUUGGCAGGAAAACUACCCUAAUUGGGGGGAUCAUCAUCUUUGAAAUAGGCUCGCUCAUAAGUGCUUUGAGCACUUCUAUGAAUAUGCUUAUUGGCGGACGUGUCGUGCAAGGGGUUGGCGGUGGUGCUGUGCAAAGUAUGGUGAUGGUGAUCUUAAGCGAGAGUGUUGCUAUUUCUAGAAGGUCGUUGGUAUUUGCGAGCGUGGCAGUAGUGUGGUCGACAUCGAGUGUGCUUGGUCCCAUCAUUGGCGGGGCGUUGGAGAAGAUUAGCUGGAGAUGGUGCUUCUACAUCAACUUGCCAAUAGGGGGAGCAAGUUUAGCAGUGUUGCUCUUUGGAUACAGGCCAAAAAGCAACACAGUAAAUAGUGUAAAAGAGAGAUUGCAGCAGAUUGAUUAUUUGGGGACGAUUUUGGUUUCCCUGGGGAUAGUGAUGGUACUAUUGGGAAUGACCUUAGGGGGGAAUGAGUAUGCAUGGGAUUCAGCGGCUAUUAUUUGCUUGUUUGUGAUUGGAGGGGUGGUGUGUAUUUUGUUUAUAGUGUGGAACUUCAAGUACAGUAGCCACCCUAUUAUUUUAGGUGAGUUUGUCAAGAGUGUUCCCAUCAUGGCCUCCAUCAUCAGUGCAAUGUUCAAUUUCGGGUUCUUUAUAUCCAACAUGACCUACUUGGCCAUCUACUUCCAAGUGGUAAAAAGUGCAAGCAGUUUUCAGUCAGGGAUCGAUUUAUUGCCAUUGGUGAUUGCAGUGACCGUGUCAUCAUUAUGCAACUCCAUCUUUAUAGACAUAACAAAGAAUGUCAAGCUUACAAUGAUAGUGUCUGGGGUCCUUAGUCCUAUAGGCACAGGUCUAUUUCUACUAAUGGGAAAAAAUACAAGCUUAGGAGUGAGGAUUGGGAUUAUGGUGGUUAGUGGAGUGUCAAUUGGUCUCCAGUUUCAGAGCUCUUUAUUAAGUGCACAAUUAGAGGUGGAUACUCCAGAGGCGUUGAUUAUGGUAACUGUGUUUAUGAACUUUAUGAAGAACUUGGGGUCCACAGUUUCUGUGACUCUAGCACAGCUCAUAUUCACACAAACGGGAAUAUCCUAUAUAAAAAAGGUGGUGAGUGAUGAUAUACCUGCAGAGACCCUAAUAUCCAAUCCAAGGACGAUCCAUGCACUUCCUUUGGAAGUGCAGGAGACGAUCUUGGAUCAGUUUGUCCGAGCAUUGAAAAACGUUUUUUAUUUCGGAUUAGCCUUGGGGGUGGUGUGUUUUGUAGCGUCCAUGUUCACAACAAACAAGAGGAUACCAAAAGGGGAGGAGAAAAGGGGGGACGAUGAUAGGGGGGAGGGUGAGGAGGGUGAGGAGGGUGAGGAGGGCGAGGAGGAGGAGAUAAAGGAUAGAUGCUAG